CUCUUUGAUAAUCGGCUAGAGCCGUGAAUCGUAUACCCUUAGCCGAUAGGUCCGCGUCCACGGAGUGGAAAACGUGGUGUCAUUCAGAGCCGUUUUAUAGAUAAUUGUUGUAUUAUCCGGGAUCUAGUCAUUGAUGAUCAAUUACUUGUACUGCACUAGUUACGCGAGUUUCCUAUCAAAGGGCAGACUAGCUUCACGAACGUUUCCCAAACGCUGAGAUAAGGACCGUAGAGUCUGUAUACGUUGGUUUUGGCACUCCAUGAUAUUUAAUUCUUAAGAAAAUACUCCCUGAGAACCCUCAGUAUAUGUCAAACAUGCCUCAGCUAUUCCUAUUUGCGGCUCUGUUAUUUAUUGCAUUCAUCAAUGCUGCUGUAACACCGCCAUUAGGAUACCUCAGACAAGCGUUCCUCCCCCAGUUUACCAAGCAGGUUAAAUCCGAGGAGAAUGCCACCUGCUCGACAUGCUCACUGUACCAAGCAGCUGAAUCAAUAACAGCACCAAAGGCAAAUGUCUGGUCACAGAUAUCACCAGAAGAUAAUAUAGCCGUUUGGAAUUUGCUUCACGACCCUGCAUCUGGAUUGAAUCUGACUGACCCAGAUACGGCCAUCCUUACUGAUAAUUAUGUAUUUUAUAUUGACACAGUACAUGUCAAUAAAUCUGAUGUUCUUCCAUACCUUGACGCAUCUGGACUAAAGCCCGGUUCCUGGGCUCGAGCUAUUAUUUUUGAAGGAGGCAAGCUGGAACCUGGAUCUCAGGAAUACAUAGUCGGACCACUACCCGUAUCAAGUGAGACGACAAUACAAAAAUUGGAUUACCUGUACAAUGGAGGGUCAGGUGGUUUUGUGCCUUUCAAUGGACGACUUCUUGACCAGAAGCGUAUCGACGCGUCGGCGCCCCUUUUCACAUCGAUUAUGACCAAUAUCAGCGACAUUACGGAGGCCUUGUUGGGAGGAUCCUUCUAUGGAUAUGACAAUCCCAAUUCGACGCUCAGUCCGACUGAUACAACGCCUGCAUCAUUUGACGGCAGUCAAGCUUUCCAAGUAAUCAUGCUUAGGCUUCCUGGAACCACCACUUAUCUUAGACCACUCGACUUCUUUGUCCUGCUUGAUGUCACUGGCACAGAUGCUUCACUCUAUAAGCUUAAGGGUAUAGUGACAAACACGAGAUUCUUUCCAACCGUGGCGGAUCUUCGUUCCGCAUUCGAAGCCGGUGAGCUCAAGGAAGAAUUUUACCAACCUUCCGAUUACGACUGGGCGUUGGUAAAAUACAACCCCGGAAUGGGGACUCGCGCGCUGGAAGAAAAGUUCGCUCCGCAAAACCUCAUGGUGGGCGGAAAACGAUACAAGGUAGAUGCCGAGCAGAAGUACGUUGAGUACAUGGGAUGGUCAUUCUACGUUGCUCACACGCGGAGUCUUGGCGUUAUGCUGUAUGACAUACGGUUUAAGGGAGAACGGAUAUUAUAUGAGUUAUCAAUGCAAGAGGCGGCAGCGCAGUACGGUGGAUUCCAGCCGAAGUCCGCCACAACACUUUAUCACGAUACCCAUUUCCAGCUCGGCGCCGAUCUAUUCCCACUUGUCGAGGGUUUUGAUUGCCCGUUCGGUUCCACUUUCUGGAACGUAACUAUACACAAGGGAAACACAACCACAACUAACCCCAAUUCUAUCUGCAUAUUCGAGUCUGACGCAGGCUUCCCCCUGUCUCGACAUCGCGGGGGUGAUCUGGGCACAACAAACGAAUACGGGUUUGACAAUCUAGGCGUAGUCAAAGGGUCCCUACUAACACUACGCUCGAUUGCCACCGUGGGAAACUACGACUACCUAUUCGACUACGCCUUCCACGUCGACGGGUCCCUCGAGAUCACCGUCCGGGCGUCGGGAUAUCUCCAAUCGUCAUUCUUCUACAAAGACCAAGGAGCAUGGGGUCCUCGCAUCCAGGAGGCGACGCAAGGCUCUCUGCACGACCACGUGAUAACCUGGAAAGCGGACUUCGACAUCCUCGGCACGGAAAACAACCUGCAGGUCACCACGCUCAAGGCCGUGAACCAGACGCAGCCGUGGUGGCCGGAGCUCGGCUCGUUCGAGCAGAUCGCGCUCGAGACGCACAACGUGUCGACGGAGCGCGAGCUCAGCUGGGCCGAGAACGGCGAGGUCAUGUACGCGGUGAACCACGCGCGCGCGACGAACAAGUGGGGGUCGGCGCGGGGCUACCGGAUCGUGCCCGGGCGCUCGAACAUCCGGCUCAGCACCUUGAACUCGCCGUUCUCGCGGCGCAACACGGCGCUGUCUAAGAUGCAGCUCGCGGUGACGCGGCACCACGACACGGAGCCGUGGGGCAAUAGCGUGCAGAACCUGAACAUGCCGUGGAAGCCGCAGCAGGACUUCGCCAAGUUCUUCGACGGCGAGAGCGUCGACGGCGAGGACCUCGUCGUCUGGUUCAAUUUGGGCAUGCACCACUUCACGAGGAGCGAGGACAUCCCUGUGACCUUGUACUCUGAGGCCGUGAGCAGCAUCAUGUUCGCGCCGCAGAACUUCUUCGACCAGGCGCAGGACGGUGAUUUGAAGAAUAGGAGGUGGUAUACCGUGCCGGAAACGAGCGAGAAUGGCGAGGCGGGCGUGUUGCAGAGCGAGACGUAUGGCAUUGAGCUGCCGCAGUGCAAGGUGGAGUUGCAGGAACCUGUUGUCGCUCGUAUCGUUUAAGUUGAGUGUCUAGGUCAUUCCCAUAGGUACCUAGGUAUGAAUCUAGACGAAGAAUAGCAGUACUAGAUUAAGUCAACAUUUCAUCCUAGAGUCUUUACGAUUACCUUAGAAUGUAUACUUCAAAUAAAGAAGAAACUUCAUUUAUAACGAAUGUUGAUGUUUGGCCUCCGCCAUUUCCUAGUAAUGAAUGGAUGGUGACCCCUGAACCCCUGA